ACCACGCUGUGUUAGUGUGAACCUGCGCUUACAGUUCAGCUCGUUAACUAACCUAAAAUCUUCUGACCUCCACACACACUGACCUCCACACACACACUGACCUCCUGCUUUUUGCAUAUGAACGCCACAAUGAAGUAUAUUCUGGUUACGGGUGGUGUCAUUUCCGGAAUCGGUAAAGGCAUCAUCGCCAGCAGUGUUGGUACUAUUCUGAAAUCCUGCGGCCUUCAUGUGACGGCCAUUAAAAUCGACCCUUAUAUCAACAUUGAUGCUGGAACAUUUUCUCCUUAUGAGCAUGGUGAAGUGUUUGUGCUGGAUGAUGGAGGAGAAGUGGAUCUGGAUCUGGGAAACUAUGAGCGCUUUCUGGACAUCCGUCUUACCAAAGACAACAACCUCACCACCGGCAAGAUCUACCAGUCUGUCAUUAACAAAGAACGGCGAGGAGACUAUCUGGGCAAAACUGUGCAGGUGGUGCCACACAUAACUGAUGCCAUUCAAGAGUGGGUGAUGAAGCAAGCCAAGGUUCCUGUGGACGAUGACGAAGUAGAGCCUCAAGUCUGUGUCAUAGAGUUGGGUGGCACUGUCGGAGACAUCGAGAGCAUGCCUUUCAUCGAAGCGUUCAGACAGUUCCAGUUUAAAGUAAAGAGGGAAAACUUCUGUAACAUCCACGUCAGUUUAGUUCCCCAGCCCAGUGCGACAGGAGAGCAGAAGACCAAACCCACCCAAAACAGUGUGAGGGAGCUGAGAGGACUCGGCCUUUCCCCAGACCUGAUCAUGUGCCGCUGUUCCACACCUCUUGAAAACCCGGUGAAGGAGAAGAUCUCUAUGUUCUGUCAUGUGGAACCCGAACAGGUGAUAUGUGUCCACGAUGUUUCGUCCAUCUACAGAGUGCCCUUACUGUUGGAGGAACAGGGCGUAGUAAACUACUUCUGCCGAAGGCUCAGCAUGUCCAUCGAGAGUCGGCCCAGAAAGCUGCUCACCAAAUGGAAAGAGAUGUCUGACAGGUCGGACAGGCUGCUGGAGCACUGUUCCAUUGCGCUGGUCGGAAAGUACACAAAGUUCUCAGACUCUUACGCAUCAGUUAUCAAAGCGCUGGAGCACUCAGCCCUGGCCAUCAGCCACAAACUCGAGGUCAAAUAUAUUAAUUCAGCGGACUUGGAACCUGCGACUUUGGACGAUGAACCUGUUAAAUACCAUGAAGCAUGGCAGAAGCUUUGCAGUGCCGAUGGUAUUCUAGUACCUGGAGGUUUUGGAGUGAGAGGAACUGAAGGGAAGAUUCAGGCCAUCAGCUGGGCUCGUAAGCAGAAGAAACCUUUCUUAGGUGUGUGUCUGGGAAUGCAGCUGGCAGUUUGUGAAUUUGCCAGGAACACAUUGGGCUGGGCAGAUGCUAACUCCACUGAAUUCAACCCAGAAUCAAAAUACCCUGUGGUGAUCGACAUGCCUGAGCACAAUCCCGGACAGAUGGGCGGCACGAUGAGGCUGGGGAAGAGAAGGACUAUUUUCAAGAACAAGUCUAGCAUAUUAAGAAGGCUUUAUGGAGAUGUAGACUACGUAGAUGAGCGGCACAGACAUCGUUUUGAAGUCAACCCAGAGCUGAAGCAGCAUUUCGAGGAGAAGGGCUUCCACUUUGUUGGGCAGGAUGUAGAAGGAGAGAGGAUGGAGGUCAUUGAGCUGGAUGAUCAUCCGUAUUUUGUGGGAGUGCAGUAUCAUCCUGAGUUCACGUCUCGUCCCAUCAAGCCCUCGCCACCGUACUUCGGCCUGCUCCUGGCUGCUGCCGGAAAGCUGCACAGCUACUUGCAGAAAGGAUGCCGUCUCUCGCCACGAGACACGUACAGCGAUCACAGCGGCAGCAGUUCUCCAGAUUCCGAGAUCGCAGAGUUCAAACUGCCCUCCAUCUCCAACUGACUGACUGUCUUACGGCAGGAAUGCUUCUCUGAAGAACUUGCUUUUAAUUGUGUUCUAUUAUGACUAUUUAUUGCUGUAUUUUUAUGGUCCUUGUUAUACUGGGAAUGUUAGUCAGGGGAAACUAGUAUUUACUUUUUCUUUAUUUAAUAUUCUACCAGGUCAUAAUCACUUAAAAUGUACACAUGGUAAAACAGUUCAGAAUGUUCCUCAGUGCACCAUUUUAAGAAUUCUAGAUUCUUUACGUUCAAAGCUGUGAAGCAACAUUGAAUGCGACUUUCAAAACCUCUGAUGGUUUUGCAUUUGAAAACUUACAUUGCAUCUUCAAAUGUAUGUUCAAAAAACUCUCAUCUGAGAUUUGCAUAUAAUUGUAUAAAAAUUAUAUUUUAAAACUA